AUGUCAACUCCAGGACCCAAGACAAGAUCCACCUCUCCCACCGUCUUCGAACAACACCGCGAGGAGCUGGUGAGGGAGAUUGCCGUGGGUAUGGAGCAAGUCCUGCAGAACAUCAACCGGUUAAAUCGAAAUCUGGAAAGCAUCAUUGCGGUUGGCAACGAAUUCGGCUCCGUCGAGGCCCUCUGGUCGCAAUUUGAGAACUUCAUGGGGAGACCACGAGAAGAGGUCGAGGAGAGCAACAGCCGACCGAAAGACGAGAACCACGACGAUGGUCAGCGUGAGCAACACCAACAUCAAUGA